AUGGUAGAGGAGAAGAGGGAGAGGGCGGAGGAGGCGUCCGAGAGCCCGCAGAAAUCUCCGCGCCUGGACCCGCUGGCUGCGUCCGUGGCAGGUCCUGGAUGCAGCGACGCGCCUACGUCUCCGACGGAGUCGAGCGACGAGUGGCCAUCGUCGGGGGAAUCGGAGGCGGGGACAAGCAGCGACAGUACCGGCGAUGGCGGGCGGUGCGAGCACAUACGCUUGGACCGCGAACUCCUGGAUAUGCACGUGUAUUAUCUCACGGAGCAGCGAGCGGUGCUCCGGACGUGCCAUCUUAGUAAGUGCAAGACGACCUGUAAGGGCAACGAAGGGAUGAUGAAGUGCAUAGACUGCUCUAGAUUCUUCUGCUCUGGGUGGCCGGUGAACAGGGAAAGUCCGCAGGAACAUGCCCUCUGGCACGCCGGCGAGAACACUCAUUGGGUUGCUCAGUGGUGCGAUGAACCGAAUUUGGGAUACUGCUUCUUGUGUGCACGCGGUAUGAGGCUCAGUGACCGGAGCGAAGAUGACUAUGCAGUGUCGGCCAGAAACAAAAAGGAUCAGCAAGGACUGGGGGAUAGCGUUGCAAAGUAUGGCUGGGGAUCGGUGUCUGGCAUUGCAAAGGAUGGGUGCGAGACGGGGGGCAAGAACCCGCAGAACCCUGAGAACACGCAGAAAUACCCGCACCUGGACCUGCCUGCGUCCAAGGCACCUGUGUUGUUGAGCGAGUCGCCAUCGACGGGGGAAGCGGAGGAGACCAGCGACUGCACAUACGACAUCGGGUCGUGCGAGCACUUGUUCAAGGACAGGGAGGAGCUGGAUGAUAUGGUGCAUGACAUCAAGACCGCCGAGAAGCCCCCAGAGUGCGAGCAUUUCCUGUGCACGACCACCUGCACCUGGAGGGGAGCUGCUGCUAGGUUCAUGGUGUGCACGGAGUGCACCUCUACUUUCUGCACCGGGGAGAAGGGGGGCAUGGAAAAUCCGCAGGGACACGCCCGCUUGCACGCCACCAGGGACUACCAUUGGGUUGCUCUGUGGUAUGAUGAACCGUAUAAGGGCUACUGCUUCGAGUGUGGGCACGUUCUGAAGCUCGGUCAGGACAAGCUGAGCGAUGAUGAGUGGGCAGCUCUGGCCAGAAAUAAAAGGGUUGAGCGGCCAAUGUCGGCCAGUAAUGGAUGGGAUGUGUGGGGAACGGUGCCCAAGAGUUAUGCAAAGGAUUUGUGGGCAAUAGUAACCGGCAAUGAUGCGUCUGGGUAUGCUAAUGGGAAUGGCUGUGUUAUCAGAGGGUUGCCGAAUCUUGGAAACACAUGCUACAUGAAUGCACUGCUUCAGUGCCUCCUUGCGCUCAGUGAGCUGAGGACAACGAUUUUAGGACCGGGUGCUCGGCUGGGGAGCAUUGGUCUGCUCCUGAAGCAAUUAUUUGUGGAGACAAGCAGCACAAAUGAUGCCAGGCGCGCGCUGGAUCCAGAGAUGCUAUUGGAAAGUAUGCGGAUGUUUAAUCCACAGUUCAAGGGCUCUUAUAUGCAGGACAGCCAAGAGUUUCUUACAUCUUUGCGCACUGCUUUGGAGGAGGAGACGAAGGGCCUAAACAAACUUCAUGGGGGUGCAGAGUUUCGUCCAAUUGGCAAUUCCAUUUUCGGGGGCUGGCUGCGUCAGACCUUAUACUGCAUAAGUUGCCAAACUAAAUCAGUUUUGGAUCUGCAAUUCGAUGAGCUCCAACUGGCACUGCCAUCAAAGGAUUGUCCAGCCAGGAGUGUUACGUUACCACCAAUGACCAGAAGCGGUGGAUCUCCGAUGAAGACUCGUAAGGAACUAUUCCAACAAACCGACAAGACUGAUGGAGAAAAGAUUCAAACAAUUGCUGAAGGCUGUGAUUCUCAGUUUCCUGGUUCAGAAUUUGGAGAUGAGGCCAUGGAGAAAAUACCCAAGCCUUCACAAGUUGAUUCUACUAAAGUGGAGGAUGUUGCACACGGUCGUUUGCAGACUCAGAAGAAUGAUGUCCCACGAGAGAUCAUUGAAGUGCCAAUAAAAGCUCUUGAUUUCAUUCCUAACCUGUUUGAUGACACUGAAGGAAUGGAUGAAUCAAUAGUAGAUCCUCACAGUCCAAAAGAUACUGGUCCACCUCCACUUGUUGAUAUAGAAGCCAAGGAGAACACUUACUCAGUAGAACCUACUACAGAAGACAAGGGGAGAGCUCAGAGCAGUGAUAUUACUGAUGAUGAGGCAGUACAUAUGAACUCUGUUGCAUCGCUCGAGGACUGCUUGACACUUCUUUGCUAUUGUCCGAUGAGAUGGAAAUGUGAUAACUGUUCCAAGGUUCCUGAGCUGCCGAGAACAAAUGGAAGUGAAAAUGGUCAACCGAUGAUAGCAAGUACCAAUGUAAAUCCAACAGUUGAAGGAGACCAGACUGAACUAUCAGACAGGAAAACAUGCCCAAGUGAGCGAUCUAAUGAUUUGAAUAGCUUGUCGGUAGAAUGUACUUCUACAAGUAGACAACCACAUGGUUCAGAUGCACAUCAUCAAGUUAUUCUUUCUGAGAACAGAGUUCAUGAAGAAAUCACUUCAGGGAUGAGCUAUGAUGAAAAGAACUCGGCCUCUUGCUGCACUACCAAUAGAAAACCUGAAAGUCAGGAAGGUGUUCAGGAAGCUGCACCUAGUUCCUAUCCAACUCAUAAACAGACUGACCUGUUGAGUACCCAGGAUAGUCAGGAUAACAGCGACCAAAAUCAAGGCAGUGGGAAGCAGGUAAAGCUGGAUGAUCAUAGCGCACAACAAGCGGAAGAAAACCAAAGUGAGCAGAAACAUGGGACUGGUGGUUUUCAAAUACAAUUGGUUACUAAGCUGCCACCUGUACUAACCAUUCAACUGAAGAGAUUCACCAAUGCUCUUUCUAAAACGAGAGGACAUGUGAGCUUUAAGGAGAUUCUUCAUGUAGAACCGUUCAUGGACCCCAGUUCCGAGGACAAAGGUAACUCCAGCUAUCGCCAAGUCGGUGUCAUUGAGCACCAUGGCCACACCUUGAAUGUAGGGCACUAUGCUGCUUAUGUGAGGGCAGGUCGCAAGGAGCAGAGCAGUGGUUCUUCCUCAUGGGUUUGCGCAACCGAUCGCGUCAUCAAGGAAGUCCCUCUAAAAGAAGUUCUCGGGUGCGAGGCGUACAUGCUUUUCUAUGAGAGGAUGGAUGGCCGAGGCAUAUCUGGGAGCCUACCCACCAACUAA